AUGGGUUUGCACUGUGAAUGGCCCGAGUCCAAGCCGCUUCCUCACGAUAGAGUAGCUAAGAGGCAGAAACCCAAGCUGAUAGAGCCUAUGGUGGAUCCACAGCUUCAGCUUGCGGUGGCCCUGCCCAAGGAACUGCCUGAUCUUUUUGAUUUGUUCAACAUGCCGUUUGAUAAUAUCCUUUUUGGAAGAGUGGUGCCUCAGUUGGACGAUACAGGGGUCCAGUUUCUACUGCACUACUCGGAAGCAUUUUGCUCUUUCAUUCACAUCGGAACGGACUCGCUGAAUUACUUUCUCAAGACGUUCAUGCAGCUUGCCCAAUCCCGAGACUCCAUUCUUUAUGCCUUAUGUGCAUGGGGUGGAUUCUGGUUGCAGCUUCGUGAUAAGUCCUCGAUCGACUACUCACAGCCGUGGAAUUACAUGCAAAAGUCCGCCAAGUUGAUCUGCAAAGAGAUUGGUGACUCUUUGGUGCCGCUGAAUAACGAGGACUUUUUCGUGCUUUUGGCGUUCUACCUUAUAUUUAUCGGUAUCGAGGUGACUACUGGAGAUGUGUGUCACUGGGGAGGAUUCCUCACGCAGUGCUCGAACCUUAUUAACUCUUUUGGUGGUCUCGAAGCCGUCGCUCAGAUGUUUAUGCAUAACAACGACAUCAAAUGGCUUCUCCAUAACUUCCAGUUUCAUGAUCUUCUUUCGCUGAAUGCAGUGAGACAAGGUACCUUGAUGCCUAUUGAAGAGUACGAGGCGGUUCUUCAGGAUGACGUCAACUACGGCAUUGAUCCUCUCCAGGGAACUUUGGGAGGCGUUUACAAUUUAUUCGGUGACAUUGGAAACUCCCAGGUGAUGCUUCGGCGUCAGUGGGCAGAAAUUGAGGAUAUGAUCGAGACUCUGGUGGAGAAAUCGCCUGAUUUGGAGGAAGCCCGUAGAGCUUACUUUGCCACGGUCAGGACCACCUACAAGUCUCUCAUGGAGAAGAUCUCCAAUUGCGUGCCUAGUCUGUUGCAUCUACAAAUUCUCGAGCUGGACCCCAAAGAGCUCACCCUCCAGAAACAGCUUUUUGAGCUUUACGUUCUCAUUUGCCAAAUACACCUCAAUACGGUUGUGAUGCGUCUGCCGCCUUCGCUGGUCCAGCAGCAGGAUUUGCUUUUCCAAGCACUAGAGCUCAUUGACGAGCUCCUAGACACAAGAAUGAUUGUGCUGUUGUCGCUUCUGAUCUUGGUGUGUGGAAUGGCAUGCUGCACAAGCUACGACAGGGACAGAAUGAGAGAAAGGUUCAAGAAGGCCCAAUUGAGAUACCAUGUUCAGAACUUGACGAGAAUUGAGGAGACGGUGGAGGAGAGCUGGGUCCGGAACCCAGACGGGAAUGUCGUGAUUGAGUGGGCCGCCUUGGUGGAGGAGAAGGGCUGGAACCUUUAUGUUGGAUAG